UGUGUUUACAGUUAGCUAGUUAGAAAGUCUUUGUUUUUGUCAUCGCCGCGAUUCAACAUGUCCCGGCUGGAUAUCAGCCUGCUUUAUUUUUUAUAACCAUUCGACCAUAACUACUCGGAAAUACAUAGUCAAACUUUUUUUAGGAUACAGAUUUACUGUUCUACAAAUUUGUUUAACCACUGGAGAGAGAGGAGGAAGCUUCAUCUGGAACUUUCUGCAUAAGAUAUCUUUUAAAGUAUAAAACAGACCUAUAUUGAAGGUGGCAGCCAUGGUAUUGAUGCUGGGCAGGAGGUUGAACAGGGAGGACUCUGGGAUCAGAGACUCGCCAGCUGUCAAACGCAAGGUGUUUGAGGUUGAAUCUAAAAAUAUAGCCAACCAGGAUGUUCUGGACUUCUGCUCCGGAUCCUCACACUCAGAGGGCAUUCUGCAGGUGUUCAAUGAGUUUCGCGACUGCCGCCUUUUCACUGACGUGGUCAUCAGUGUGCAGGGCCGUGAGUUUCCCUGCCACCGCGCUGUGCUAUCUGCCUGCUCUUCCUACUUCAGAGCCAUGUUCUGCAAUGAUCACCGCGAGAGCCGUGAGAUGCUUGUUGAAAUUAACGGCAUCCUAGCCGAGGCGAUGGACUCAUUUCUCAACUACGUUUACACCGGCCGUGCCAAAAUCACCACUGAAAAUGUCCAGUUUCUCUUUGAAACCGCCAGCCUUUUCCAGAUCACCACACUCCGUGAUGCCUGCGCUAAAUUCCUAGAGGAUCAGCUGGACCCGUGCAACUGUCUGGGCAUCCAGCGCUUUGCAGAGGCGCAUUCUCUGAAGCAGCUGGCCAGCCGCUGUCACAGUUACGCCUUGGCCAACUUCUCAGAGGUGGCUCUGCACGAGGAGUUCCUCGACCUGCGUAAAGAAGAGUUGGAAGAGUACAUUAACAGUGAUGAACUUUCUGUCUGUAAGGAAGAGUUUGUGUUUGAGGCAGUGAUGCGCUGGGUGUACUACAGCGUGGAGGCCAGGAAGCCCAUACUGAAGGCUCUCCUCCACCAUGUCCGCCUGCCCCUUCUGCACCCCAGCUACUUUGUUCAGACCGUGGAGGGAGACCAGCUCAUCCAAACUGCCCCAGAGUGCUACCACCUUCUCCACGAGGCCAGGCGUUACCACGUGCUCGGAAAUGAAAUGAUGUCACCCAGAACUCGUCCACGAAGGUCCACUGGGUACUCAGAGGUGAUUGUGGUGGUGGGUGGCUGUGAGCGGGUAGGGGGCUUCAACCUGCCCUACAACGAAUGCUACGAUCCAGUCACAGGAGAAUGGAAAUCACUGGCAAAACUGCCCGAGUUCACCAAGUCAGAGUACGCCGUCUGCGCCCUUCGCAACGACAUCCUGGUGUCAGGUGGUCGUAUAAACAGCAGGGAUGUGUGGAUGUAUAACUCCCAGCUCAACCUGUGGAUCAGAGUGGCUUCUCUUAACAAAGGUCGCUGGAGGCACAAGAUGGGUGUGCUACUGGGCAAGGUUUAUGUUGUGGGUGGUUAUGAUGGACAGAGCCGCUUGAGCAGUGUGGAGUGUUAUGACUCCUUCUCUAACCGCUGGACAGAAGUGGCUCCCAUGAAAGAAGCGGUCAGCUCUCCAGCUGUGGCCAGCUGUGCUGGAAAGCUCUUUGUUAUCGGAGGAGGGCCUGACGAUGAAACCUGUUCAGACAAGGUUCAGUGCUAUGAUCCAGAGGCAGACUCCUGGUUGCUACGUGCCAGCAUCCCCAUUGCCAAGCGGUGUAUCUCAGCAGUAUCUCUCAACAAUCUGAUCUAUGUGUGCGGCGGUCUCACGAAGUCCAUUUACUGCUACGACCCUGCAGAGGACUACUGGAUGCAUGUGGCUCAGACCUUCAACAAACAGGAGAGCUGUGGCAUGUCAGUGUGUAACGGAAAGAUCUACAUCCUCGGCGGCAGGGGGGAAAACGGCGAAGCCACAGACACCGUCCUGUGUUACGACCCAGCAACAGGCAUCAUGACGGGAGCAUCCUCUAUGCCUCGAGCCAUCUCCUACCACGGCUGCGUAACCAUCCAUCGUUACAAUGACAAAUACUUCAAGUCGUGACCAUGAACAGGAUCGCACACACAGACACUCUCUCAACAUGAGAGCAAACACUAAAGAACUCUCCAAGUACACAUACACGUACAAAGACAAAAACUAACCACACCCCGUUUUUUUGUUUUUUUAAUAAGAGGCACAUUUAAUAGUUCUAACCACAGUAUCAGUGAGCUAAUUUAUUUCCUCACAGCAUCAUGUAGCAAGACUCGUUGCGGUGCUGUGAAUCUUUUGUUGUCUUAAUAGCCUUUCUGUGGAAAUCCUUAGAAGCUGAUAACACUAAUGGCUUUUCUGUAACCAGAGAUAAAGUAGAACCAGAUCAGCAUGAGAGAUGUGCUUUUGUAUUGGUAGUUUGAUGAAAAUCAGUCUUAAACUACACUGUAGAUCUCUGAAAACAAAGCAGAACAAAAGCAUGGUUGCUUUUUCAUUUACCCAAGAGUUUCAAUUGAAAUAUGAGCUUCGAGAUUCAUUCUUGACCUUGAGAUGAGAUUAAACUACAAGCUCACUUACUCACCUUUUCACAUAGCGUUCUAUGAAUAGAUUGACACGUGUUAAAAUAUUUGAUUUUGAGGUGUGCUCAAAAAAGUCAUUAAGUGAAAACAAAGGGUGGUGCUCCCAAUUACAUUAUUGAGUUUUUGCUAGCACUCAUUUAUCAUACCUACAGACCAUCAAUAUAAAAAAUGUAACUUCCCAGCACUCUGCUUUCAUUGCUGUGCAAAGUAUAACCUCAAGAUUUAGGUCGCUGAUGAUUAAUGAGAGUUCUGAUGAGCAAAAAAACAACACUGAAAAUAUCCGUCGAGAGCCAACAGUUGUCUCUGGAGAAACAAAAAUAUAUCCAAAAAUACUGAUCUGAGUGAUCAGGUCAGAUUACUCACCUCGCCCCCCUUGCACUCAUGCAGUUUGUCUCAUACAGUAAAGUUAUGCCAAGCUCUGGCAAAGAACAUAAUAACGAACUGUGCUCUGUUUUUUUUUUUUUUUUACCUUUUCUCCAAUACUGAAAAUGACCUGAUAGAAAUGUGGUAAGCAGUCAGCCAGCUGCUCUCCCACAGUAUCAUCUGUCAUAACUACGAAGCGCUUUCACCCCUCAACCCAGAGCCGAGUUAAGAGAAGAGGUAAAGAGCAGAAGCUGUGAAAACAUUGGACUCUAGCCACUGUUGGCUCUUCCCUUGUGUUUCCUUUUUUUCCCAUCUCAUCACCACUCACCAUUAAGUUCCACUUCCCAUAUGUGUGUUUCUCUUCCUGUGCUCCAGCUGUGUCAUCACCUCACUUUUUACAGUCAGCCAUGCUAUUGCCUUCUAAGCUGUAUUUUUUGCUCCUUUUUAAUUAUUAUUAUUUCACUCAUUAUUGCCUUUUUUUGGUAAGUUAUAUUUGUCCGUGCCUAUGUUUUUAUAAUUGGAUGUUUAUUGUAUGAUAAGUAGUUGUGUCGACGUUAGUCCAUCGGUGUACUGGGCUUGUGGGGUGGUUUUGUAGAUGUGAGAAGCCUUUUGUGGAUCAAACUCAUAGACUGCUCUGAAUAAAUGGUGUGCAUGUCUGGUGUGUAUGUGUGUGUGCGUGUGUGUGUAUGUGCGUGCACAUGUCUGUGUGUGUGUAAGGUUAUUGUGUGACUUUUACUGCUUGGUCCGGAUGCUUUGGGAGCCGCGCAGGUUUAUCACAGAGUUGUCGUGCAAUGCUGCCACAUCUCACCUGUACACUUACAUGUAAAGAUGUAACUCGGGGUAACCAUAGAUACCUCCAGGUGUGUAUGCGUGUAUGUGUGUUGAAUGGUCAGCUAAGGUGGCGGGUGCGGCAGUGCUGGCCCUCUCACCGUUGGCGGGUUUAAGAGUCCUGAAUGAUGAGGAUUUUGGAUGGUGUGGCUCUUGGUCAGUAAAAGUCACCUUUUAAUACAAUUGGUGUUGAUAGAUUGCUGUGAAUAUACAGUUAACUUUGUUUUCUUUGUUUAACCUAUAUUUAAAUGUAUCUUUGUAUUCUUGUUUGCAUAAUAUUUUCUCUUGAGAGCCCCGAUUGUGCACUUUGACAGAAUCCUGUUAAAUGUAGAACUUUAUGACAAUGAUUUCCUUUUUUACUGUAUCAGUAAAUGUUCUUUGCUUUCAUGUGACGUAUAGAAAAGAGAUUGAAAAGGUCCUGUCAGCUCCUCCUGUUGGCCACUGCCUCCUACGCUUUGCUGCGCUGAAAAAACCAGCAAAUAUUGCUGCAAAGGAGGCAGCGUCGUCAUGACAAUUUCAGUUGUCAAAUUUUAGGGAUUUGUGAAUUUGUCACUCAGCACCAUUACGUAAUAUCCUUUAAGAACAGCUCUGGUCAUGCUUCACCUGUCAGGUAUGAUAACAAAAAUAUGUAGGGGGAAGUUGUUGUUUUUUUACAUAAACAUUCUUCACAUUCCUCCAAAUGGAGGUCAGGUUAAGGAGCAAUACAGGUGAAGCACCUCCUGAUUCACCUGCUUGCAGAAGUCAGGAGGAGCGACGGGUUGAGUUGAGGGGCAGGAAAGCGGAAAGGCUGAAGCAUGGGAGUGAUAAAGCGAGAAUCUGAGUGUGUGUGCGUCUGUGAUUUCACUGAGUAUUUACUCUUAAGUAGGGCACAAACUGUCAUGUUGUGCUGAUUUAUUGAUUUUCAUUAAUGUCUUUCAUGUAUUAUUGACUUUUGAUAAGAAUAUCCAUCAUUUUGUUUUUUUGUGUGUGUACUGUUUUGUUUUGUUUUAAUCUUUUGCUUGUUGUGGUGAGUUGUGGGCUUGUGUAUUGCUGAGAACAUAAAAAGGACGUGCAGCAGAUUACACCCCAAAAAACUGAGGGUUACAACUUGCUCACCAGAGUUAAAUGUUAACACAGAUAAGAGCCACAUUUGAGAUCCUGAAGUCAGUCUUGUUGGCAAAGCACCACCUGUGCCUUGCCUUGAUAUCAAGAGAUGUAACCUCUUAAGUGCUGCCCUAGGUGCCUUAACAAAAGAUUAACGAGUGAGCAAUUACAUCAGAUAAUUGUGAUAUACACUGCUAUUAUUGUGUGCAUGAUGUGUGAUACUUUAACAACACUUUUUGCUCUUCGUUUAAAAACAAAUCUUUCAAUUUUUGUAAACUGCAGUAUGUUGAAAUGUAAUGGUUGAGUUGUUCAUGAGAAACAUCAAUAAAGUUUUUCUUAAUGUA